AUGGGACGAGGAGGCUACAGACGAGGUCGAUAUAAUGGCAACCGCCAACCACGUCCUCCUCCUGGGCCUUUAGAAUACGAUGAGUCCAGCGGGGAUAGGCAGGAUUUCGACGAUAGCUAUACGACCCCUAUCCCAUCAAAAUAUGGUAGCUAUAACACUAAGUAUUAUCCUAAUUCGCGAUACCCGCCUGCGCCUAAAAAAGCACACCCCUUCCAAAAGCAGCUUGCCCAAACAAAUCCUUUUCAACAAUCUUCCUCACACACUCAUCACAAGGAACAGCAGCAAUCAGGACAGCAGCCCCAAGAAGAGGGGAUCCAUCAUUACCACCACCACAAUCACUACUAUCACAAUCCCGACGGCGCCUCACCCCUCCCAACGCAAACCGCAACGGGGACGAAUAACGACAUAAUGAUGACUGACUUCAGCGCGAUACAAGUCCUCGAGGGACGUCUCUCUAAGCUCGGGGGCGAGAUACUGGACUUUCUGAAUGCCAUGGCGAGCCAGAAUAACGAAACAAAACAAUUUGUCGGGAGCUUCGUUGACUACUUGAAACAGUCAAAUCCCAAUUCCGAGCUUAGUAAAAUUCUGGGUGGUAAUCCUUCUCAGCAAAAUGGACCGCAAGCUCCCGUCACUCCUUCCAUCACUCCUUCUGUUACUCCUUCUGUCACUCCCUCUGUCACUCCUCCCACUGCCCCGGCCAACGCACCAGUUGGCCCAGCGGCCGGGUCCGGUCCAUCCCCUCCUGGCCUAAGCGCGUUUGGGAGACGCAGAAACGCGGGCAGUUCGGUUGACUCGAAUGACGGUAGAAACAUGACCCCGAUAGUUAAGAAAAGUACUCGUUUUAUGGGGUACUCGAUACCUACCUAG